AUGGAAAACAAGAAAAGAAAACUCAUGAGCCCUGUAGAUUGGUCCAAGAUGCCAACUGACAUCAUAGAGACGAUUUACAAGGAUUUAGAAUUUCCUGAUCAAGCUCGAUUUGGCAGCGUAUGCAAGGGUUGGUAUUCUUGUACCUACAACAAACCCCACCUUGCUGUUCCAAACAGUACCCCUUGGUUAAUUGAUAACAAUGAUCAAAGUUCAAAAUACAAUCUUGUUGUUAGUCCCUCUCAUCGUCAGAAGGAUUUUAAAAUCUACAAACCAUUUAGGCCUUUCCGUGAUUCCUGCAUUAAGGGAUCUAUCCAGGGCUGGUUAGUUAUCAAAUCUCAAGUCAAAAUCUUUAUUCUCAACUUGUUCUCAAAAGUUCGAAUUGAACUCCUGCCUCGUACCACGAUGCCGGUUUUCCUCAAGUCAAAGGGAUACCGUGUUAGUGGCAUGGACACUCCUGUGUCUUUCACAAUUUCAACAUGUGUCAAUUCAAAUCCUAUCAUGGCUGCAACUGUUACUUACGGUGGUGACUUGGUAUGGUGCAAGAUAGGAUCUGACAAAGCAUGGAAAGGCUAUCGGGGUGAUAAAGAAUAUGGGAAUCUCACUUUUCACAAAGACAAACUUUAUGCUAUUACGCGAGACGGUACAAAAGUUGAUAUAUUUCGAGUUGGAGUUGAUGAUGAAUCAUCAGUGCUCUUUUUGUUGCAUAGUAUAGAUUCUAAGCAGUCAACCAAGAAUCUAUCAGAUGCUAAUUUGAAAGUAUAUUUGGUGGUGUCUAAUGGAAGUGUUUUGGUUGUCAAGAGGUAUUAUCGUGAUUUUGAAUUUCGUGCGCCAACGAUUGGCUUUGAUGUUUUUAAGGUACAAGAAAACUGCACCCCACCCAGGCUCGUGAAUGUGGACACCUUGGGAGAGCAAGAUUUGUUUCUUGGUGAAUUCAAUUGUGAAUCUCUUCCAGCUAAAGACUUUCUUGGAGUUCAAGAAGGCUGCAUAUACUUCACUGGCUACUCCGAUAGCGGUUUUAAGUCUCUAUUGGGAGCUUUCUCAGUUAAAGACAGACGUCUUCUUGAUCCGCUUUAUCUUACCAAUAUGGAAUAUCCAAUUUGGGUCUUACCUAGGUUUGCAUUUACGUGUAACUGCACCUGUCAUGAUUCUAGUCUAUGGAAGCCCAAGAAAAAGAAAAAAUAUGUAAAGCGCAAAACUAAUGUUGUGCGAAUUUAA